AUGAUCACCGGCAUCCACCACAUCAACAUUGUUGUACCACCCCAAACUCUCGACCUCGCCCACGAAUUCUACAGCACCACUCUCGGCCUAACACCAAGAGCGGUGCCUCAACUUCAGCGCGAGACGCUCGCCUGGUUCGACAUUGGUACUUCAGGGCAACAAGUGCACGUAGCCUUUGGCAAGCCUGAAGACUUCGUUAACAAAUCAUCACGGCACCCAUGUUUCAAGCUCGGCAGUGCUGAGGAUCUGGUCGCAUUGCGGCAGAAAGUUUGGGAGCACUUUGAACGUGGCGGCGAAGCUGCGCCCAAGGAAGCGGAUAGACCAGGGGAGAAGAAUAGUGGGGCUGAGGGCGUCGAGUAUCCGACGAGGUUUUUUGUAAGGGAUUAUGCGGGAAAUCGGUUGGAAUUCAGCGUAUAG